UCCAAAUCCUUAUCUAUAUUCCUUCCUUCUGUCCGGAUCGACCUCUCCUGUCCGAGAUCUUUACGUCGACCUAAAUUUCACCUCUUUUGGUGGGGGUUGAUUGGGAUAAUUGUGGAGAUUGGGAUGUUCUCCUUCCACAAACUCCGGCGGUGGCUGCCGGGGUUCUUCUCGACCCACAGGACCCUCUUUUUGGUGCUCUGGAUCGUGGGAUUCGCGACGGUGUUCCUAUGGCAGAGCAGCUCCGUCGACGGGAUCCGGUUCUUCCGGCGGGCGCUGCCGGUAGUGGCGGCGCCGAAGCUCCGGCCGGUGUCGUACAAUAUAACGGAUUUUGGUGGGGUUGGGGAUGGAGUGACGCUGAAUACUGAGGCAUUUGAGCGCGCGGUGGCGGCGAUCGCGAGGCUCGGAAGGAGGGGCGGCGGGCAGCUCAAUGUGCCGCCUGGAGUCUGGCUUACGGCGCCGUUCAACCUCACUAGCCAUAUGACUCUCUUUCUUGCAGAAGGUGCCGAGAUUCGUGGUAUUGAGGAUGAGAGAUAUUGGCCAUUGAUGCCUCCAUUGCCAUCAUAUGGAUUUGGGAGGGAACAGAAGGGACCUCGAUACGGGAGUCUGAUCCAUGGCCAGAAUCUGAAGGAUUUGGUUAUAACAGGACACAACGGUACCAUAAAUGGACAAGGUCAAGCAUGGUGGACAAAAUAUCUCAAAAGACUUCUCAACAACACUAGAGGGCCUCUUGUGCAGAUCAUGUGGUCCAAAGACAUAAUUAUUUCAAACAUAACUCUGCGCAAUUCUCCUUUCUGGACGCUCCAUCCCUUCGACUGCAAGAAUGUAACUGUCACAAAUGUUACCAUCUUGGCUCCUGUUACUGGAGCUCCAAACACAGAUGGAAUAGAUCCAGAUUCAUGUGAGGAUAUGGUGAUAGAGAACUGUUACAUAUGCGUAGGUGAUGAUGGAAUAGCCAUAAAGAGUGGUUGGGAUCAGUAUGGAAUUGCAUAUGGGCGUCCAUCUACUAACAUUUUAAUCCGCAAUCUCACUGUUCGCUCUGUGGUGAGUGCUGGAGUAUCAAUAGGCAGUGAGAUGUCUGGAGGUGUUUCAAAUGUUACCGUGGAAAACCUUAAUGUCUGGGAGUCAAGGCGGGGCAUCAGAAUAAAGACUGCCCCUGGGAGGGGGGGCUACAUCCGCAACAUAUCCUACCACAACGUGACCCUUGAUAAUGUCCGUGUUGGCAUCGUGAUUAAGACUGACUAUAAUGAGCACCCUGAUAAAGGCUUUGAUCCCAGGGCUGUUCCCCUUAUCGAGAACAUAUCCUUCAGUCAGAUUCACGGACAGGGAGUCCGCGUCCCAGUUCGGAUCCAUGGCAGUGAGGACAUCCCGGUCAAGCGUGUCAGCUUCCGUAACAUGUCAGUGGGUAUAACUUACAAGAAGAAGCACAUCUUCCAGUGCUCGUUUGUUCAGGGACGUGUGAUUGGGUCCAUCUUCCCUGCGCCAUGUGAGAACCUCGACGUUUACGAUGAGCAGGGGCAGCUGGUGAGGCGAUCAGUGUCACAGAACAGCACCGACGUUGACUAUGAUAUUUGAAAAAAUUUGUCAAGCAUCUACUGCCAAGUUUUACUUCUCCCCCUUGUUUUUGUUUUCCCUUUUCUGGGGGGCUUGUACAUACAGAGUUCUCAUUGGUUAUUUAUAUUUUUGGAAUGUCAAGAAAUAAGCAUGGUCAUUUCAUGGUCUUGCAGCAGGUUGUUCUCUGCCCUCAAAAUUCUUGAAUAGUUAAUUUUAUAGAUGAUAUUCACAGCAGAGAACUUACAGGAUUUGAAGCUGAAAUUUGGAAGUGCAGGAGAGAUUCUCUUAUUCCUUGUAUUUGUAUUUCCUCCAACCAAUGAAAGGAUACCUGGUUGUAUCAUAGUUUCAAUUUGCAAAUGGCAAGUACUUCAAUAGUA